AUGGAAAGAGUAAACCUGAGCUUUCCCAAUGCCUUUUUGCUGCUGGGCUUCUCACAGUUUCCAUGGCUGGAGAGGCCUCUUUUUGGGAUGGUUCUGCUCUCCUAUGUACUCACCCUGGUGGGGAACAGCUCCAUCAUCCUCCUCUCCCUGUUGGACCCCAGACUUCAGAUGCCCAUGUACUUCUUCCUGGACAAUCUUUCUCUGCUGGACAUUGGUGUCACCUGCACCAUUGUGCCCCAGCUUCUGACCAAUCUCUGGGGACAAGAUAAGACCAUUGCUUCCUGGGGCUGUAUCACACAGGUCUACUUUUUCAACUGGACUGCCUGUGCUGAAUGCAUCCUACUGGCCAUGAUGGCCAUUGAUCGCUAUGUGGCCAUCUGCCAGCCCCUCCAGUACACUCUCAUCAUGCAUCCCCGGGUGUGUGUGCAGAUGGCAGCUGCCUCCUGGUCCAGCGGCCUGGCCAAUUCCCUGCUACAAACCAUAUCCACCCUCCAGCUCCCCCUCUGUGGACCUCACACCUUGGACCACUUCUUCUGUGAGGUUCCUGUUCUCAUCAAGCUGGCCUGUGGGGACACCACUGCUAAUGAGUUGGCCCUGUCCAUUGGAGCCAUCCCAUUUGGAAUGCUGGCUCCCUUGUUGGUAGUUGUCUCCUACAUCUUCAUUGCUAGAGCUAUACUGAAGUUACCUUCAGCUGAAGGCAGGCACAAGGCACUCAGCACCUGCAGUUCCCACUUGCUGGUGGUCACCAUGUACUAUGGCCCUGCCAUAUAUGUGUACUUCCAGCCUCCUGCAAAAAGUUCUCAGACUAAAUUCAUGUCCUUCUUCUACUGUGUUAUUACCCCAGUGCUCAACCCACUCAUCUAUACCCUGAGAAACCAGGAUGUGAAAACAGCACUGAAGAGGAUCCUGCAAUUCCCGAGUGGGAUGGAGUGUUUAAAAGCCAAAUGA